CUUAUGAACAAAUCAUUUAUCAUGCAACAGCGGCAGCCUGAGCCUGCUGAAGAAAUGCCAACUUUUUGACCGCCUUCCUGGCUUUAGCUUUCCUAGCGAGGCCGUAAAAAUGCCGUUUUUCGAUAAGCCGGAAUGGAUCCAACAUGCCGGUGGCGUAUCCAUUAUGGGGGUGGAUCUGGAUCCCAGUGGCGUGCGCAUGGCCACCUGCGGGUCAGACAACCGAAUUCGAAUCUGGGCCAUGCGACCAGUGCUGUCGGAGGUGGCUGAGCAGGACCCUGCCGUGCCCAAGCAGCUGGCCGUGCUGUGUGAUGCGCUCACGCCCAUCAACGCGAUCCGCUUCGCGCCCAGCAGCCAGCUGCUGGCGGCCGGCACGGACGACUCGGAGGGGCUAGUGUACGAGCUGCGGGAGGGGCGCGGCAGUGCGGUGUUUGGCAGCGGCGAGUCCGCCAACAUUGAGAACUGGCGCCUGCGCAUCAAGUUGAGGGGGCACGCGAGUAACGUGCUGGACGUGGCGUGGGCACCUGACAGCCGGCGGCUGGCCACUUGCUCUGUGGACAACAAGGUCAAGGUGUGGGACACCACCAACGGCCACUGCCUGCGCACGCUGGAGGGCCACGUGGGUCACGUCAAGGGCGUGGCCUGGGACCCCUUCGACUUCUUCUUGGCCAGUCAGGGCGAUCGUGAGGCCAUCGUGUGGCGGCUGGAGGACGGCUCACAGGUGGCGAUCAUCCGCGAGCCCUUCGAGAAGGCGCCCAUCGUCAGCUUCGGGCUGCGGCCGGGCUGGAGCCCCGACGGCCAGACGCUCGCUUUGCCCAACGGCUACGACAAGGGCAUGCACACCGUGCCGCUCAUCAAACGAAACAGCUGGGUGCCGGGCGAGUUCUGCCUGGUGGGGCACAAGGGCCCCGUCACCGCCAUCCGCUACAACCCGCACCUGUACACCCCGGCGCACAAGCCCGGCGCCGCGCCCACCUCGCCGGACGACGAGGCCGCCGGCUCCAUCAUCACCGCCGGCUCCACCGACAAGACAUUCAGCAUCUGGGCCCCCUGCGCCGGCGACGAGCCGCUGGCGGUGGCUCGCGGCUUUUUCGGCGGCAUGGUCAACGACGUGGCCUGGAGCGCCGACGGCCGCGUUAUGGUUGUAGCAGCCUACGACGGCAGCGUUGCUACAGCCCUGUUUGCGGAUGGGGAGCUCGGGAAGCGGGUGCCGCAGGCGGAGGUGGAGGCGCUGUUGGCGCAGCUGUACGGGGACCCGGCGCUGCGCGCCGGCGCCGCCGGCCGAGAAGGUGGUGGUGGCAUGGGCUUGGGCGGCAGGGGCGGCCACAGCGGCCUGGCAGCGGCGCCCGAGCUCAUGGCGCUGGAGGCCCGGGCGAGGGCGGAGGUGGAGCGGGAGGAGCGACUCAACAGCAGGUUGCGAGCGGACGGCGCGGCGGCGGCGGCAGCGGGGGCGGGCGCAGUCGUGGGCGCAGGGACAAGCGGCGCAGCAGGGCCGGCAGCAGCAGGCGCGGCGGGGCUGCGGCCGCCGCUGGGCGCGGCGACGGGGUUGGCGCGGGCAGCGAUGCCGCCAACGGCACCGGCAGCGGCUCGGGUGCCGCUUGCGGUGACGCAAAAUGGCGUCGGGUCUGCAGGGCGGGGCGCGGGUGUGGGCAGCAACAGUCCUGCCAAGGCUGGGGCCGGUGGCGCGCGCGGUGGGCCUGCAGGCACCAGCGGCCGGGAUGCGGACCAACCGCCCGCCAAGCGCAUCGCUGUGCAGCCGGUCGGCAGUGCCGCGACAGCCAUGGGAGCGCGGGCCGGCGCUGCCACUGCCGCGACGACAGCAACGGCACCGCCAGGCGUGGCGGCGGGGGCGGGGGCGGGGGCGGGCGGCCAUGGCGCCGGCGGUGGCUCAGCGGCGGCAUCGCCGGUGCUGGUGCCGGUGGAGGCAUUGCACGCGCACUUCAGCUUCCUCAUACACGCCCAGCCCGGGAGCACGGGCGAGGGGCAGGUGGAGCUGCAGGCACUCAACACGGGGCGGGACGCGCGCGGACGGCCGGCGGGAGAGCUGCUGUGCCUGGUGGGCGGUCAGCGGUGCUGGGGCGACAGCGUGCAGGGCGCGGUGGUGGCACUGGCAGGCAGCAGCCGACUGGCGGCGGCGGCCACAAGCAACGGCGACCUCAUGAUCUACUCGUCCGCGGGCCGGCGGCUGUUCCCGCCCAUCCGGCUGGGCUGGCCCGCCGCCUUCCUCACCGUGGCGCCCGGCAGCUCGCUGCUGCUGGCGCUGCUCACAGACGGCAGCCUCAAGCUGUGGGACUUUGGCGCGGGCGAGUGCCUGCUGGAGAGCUCCGUGGCGCCGCUGCUGCUGCCGCCGGGCGCGGGCGUGCCGGGGCUGGCAGCCGCCGUUGCAGCGGCGCAGCCGCCCGUGCUGAAAGUCACUGCCGUGCGCAUCACCGCCUCCGGCGCCCCGCUGGUUGUGCUGUCCAACGCACACGCCUACGUGCACCACGGCGGCCUGCGCACCUGGGUGCGGGUGGCGGAUGAUGCCUUCCCCGCCUCCGCCUUCACCACCAACCUCACCUCGGCAGCUACGGGGGAGCUGAGCAAGCUGCAGGCAGCAGUGGCGCAGCGGCGGCACCCGGCGGACGUGAUGACCACGUCAGCCUUGCACGCGGCACGCCCAGCCGCGGCGGCGCGGAGCGAGCAGGCGGUGCUGGAGCACAACCUGGCCUCCGCCGCUGCGCUGCAGUCGCCAGCCGAGUGGCGGCUGUGGCUCAUCACCUACGUGCGGCGCCUGGCCGCGGACGAGGACGAGUCGAGGCUCCGGGACCUCAUAUCGGAAUUGUUAGGGCCAUUGCGCUGGACACCGGCCACCCACGCCGCGGCCGCGGCUGGUAGCAGCCGCGCCGGCGGCGCCAACGCACCGGCAGCAGCAGCCGCAGCCGCAGCUACCAGCAGCUCCUGGGAGCCGGCGCUGGGCAGCUCUGUGUCGGGCGGGCGCUGGGCUCCAGUGUUCCUGGGCUUUGACAAGCGGAGGCUGCUUCGGGAGGUGGUGCUGAAGGAGGUGGCGAGGAACCGGAGCUACCAGCAGCUGGUGGCGGAGGUGCUGGAGCAGCUGAAGCAGGUGGACGCGGCUGCAGCGGCGGCGGCAGCGGUGCAGCAGCCGCAUGCGCGGGGCCAGGCGGACGGGGUGAACGCACCGGCGGGCGAUGGAGCGGCAGCGCCGGCUGGGGCGGCUUCGUCGCAACCCAUGGUCAUGGGGUAGCACCAUGUGUGUUUCUCGCGGCGGCAACCCGGGUAUCUUGGUUGAACUGCUGUACCAUCUGUAAAGUUCCUGUGAG